AUGGACACUGUUCUCAAACAGCUAGAAGAACUGCUGAGUGAUAUGAAAGCUGAUGUGACUCGACUCCCAGCUACUAUUGCCCGGAUUCCCCCAGUUGCUGUGAGGCUACAGAUGUCAGAGCGUAACAUUCUCAGCCGCCUGGCAAACCGAGCGCCUGAACCUACUCCACAGCAGGGGUCCUCGACUUCCUCGGGCACCUCGCCGCCGCAGGAGCCUGGGCUCGGGGAGCUGCUGGAGGAGUUCUCUAGGACUCAGUACCGGGCCAAAGACUGCAGCGGGACCGGCGGCUCGAGGGUUGAGCGCAUCGAGAAGAGAUGUCUGGAGCUGUUUGGCCGAGACUACUGUUACAGUGUGAUCCAAAACGUGAAUGGGGAUAUCUGCGGCCACUACCCCCAGCACAUCGUGUUCCUGGAGUAUGAAAGUUCUGAGAAGGAGAAAGACACGUUUCAGAGCACUGUGCAGGUGAGCAAGUUGCAAGACCUUGUUAACCGCAGCAAGAUGGCCAGGUGCAGAGGACGGUUUGUCUGCCCAGUGAUCCUGUUCAAGGGCAAGCACAUUUGCAGGUCGGCCACGCUGGCUGGAUGGGGAGAGCUGUAUGGACGAACUGGCUACAACUAUAUUUUCUCAGGGGGUGCAGAUGACGCCUGGGCGGAUGCAGAGGACAUCACAGAGGAGGACUGUGCUCUUCGAAGUUCCGACACACAUCUUUUUGAUAAGGUCAGAGGCUAUGACAUCAAGCUGCUUCGGUACCUGUCAGUCAAAUACAUCUGUGACCUGAUGGUAGAGAACAAGAAGGUGAAGUUUGGCAUGAAUGUAACAUCCUCCGAGAAGGUGGACAAAGCCCAGCGCUAUGCCGACUUCACUCUCCUCUCCAUCCCGUAUCCAGGCUGUGAAUUUUUCAAGGAAUAUAAGGAUCGGGAUUACAUGGCUGAAGGGCUCAUUUUUAACUGGAAGCAGGACUACGUCGAUGCCCCAUUGAGCAUCCCCGAAUUCCUGACUUGCUCUCUGAACAUUGACUGGAGCCAGUAUCAGAGCUGGGACCUGGUGCAACAAACACAAAACUACCUGAAACUGCUGCUUUCCAUAAUUAACAGCGACGAUGACAGCGGACUGCUGGUACACUGUAUCUCAGGCUGGGAUCGGACCCCCCUCUUCAUCUCUCUUCUGCGCCUUUCCUUGUGGGCUGAUGGGCUCAUCCACACGUCCCUGAAGCCUGCUGAGGUCCUCUACCUAACGGUGGCCUAUGACUGGUUCCUCUUUGGGCACAUGUUGGUAGAUCGGCUCAGCAAAGGAGAGGAGAUUUUCUUCUUCUGCUUCAAUUUUUUGAAGCAUAUCAUCUCUGAGGAGUUCUCUUCUCUGAAGACACAGAGGAGGAAAAGUUUGCCAGCCCGGGAUUCAGGCUUCACCCUGGAAGAUAUCUGCAUGCUGAGACGAAAGGACCGUGGCAGCACCACCAGCCUUGGCAGUGACUUCUCUCUGGUCAUGGAGAGCUCCCCAGGAGCCGCUGGGAGCUUCACCUAUGAGGCCAUAGAGCUGGUCCCUGCAGGAGCACAGACUCAAGCAGCUUGGAGGAAGAGCCACUCAUCCUCUCCACAGAGUGUGCUCUGGAACCGGCCACAGCCCUCGGAGGACCGCCUGCCUUCCCAUCAGGGGCUGAUAGAAGCCAAGUCUUCCAGCUCCUCCUCCUCGAACCAUUCUGACAACUUUUUCAGGAUAGGUAGCAGUCCUUUGGAGGUCCCCAAAACCAGAUCAGUGGACCAUUCCCUGCCCGGAUCCUCUCUCUCCACAGACUUUGGCAGCUGGCAGAUGGUAACAGGCUGUGGCAGUAUUCAGGAACGGGCUGUCCUGCACCCAGACUCCUCUCUCCCUUUCAGCUUCCCGGAGGAGCUCCCUAACAGUUGUCUGCUCGCAGCCCUGAGCGAACGGGAGACUCGCCUGCAGGAGGUGCGCUCAGCCUUCUUGGCUGCAUACAGCAGCACAGUGGGGCUUCGGGCAGUAGCCCCAAGUCCUUCUGGUGCCAUUGGGGGCCUGCUGGAGCAGUUUGUGCGUGGCGUCGGACUCCGGGGCACCAGCAGCAGCACCUUAUGAAGCAGCCAGCCCACAACCGUUUCCUGCUUCUCUCUCACCUGAGCCCUGAGUGGAAUCAAAGCCAUGCCUGGCCAAAGGGUGCUUUUUUUUAAAAGUCGGGGGAAAUGUCCUCACUCCCCCAUCUGCAUCAUGCACAUGGCAGCCCCAAAGCCGAGCAGGGCCAAGGACAGGGUUCUCCAAACCUCAGCUUCCUAACUGGUGACCACCACCCCUCCUCUUGUCACUGCCUCCCACCCACUCUAAUCAUUGCCGGGAUUCCCACCAACUCAGAACUGUAUGGGGUUCCCUGGGGCCUCAUGGAGGCCAAGACUUCACAGAUGGCAUCCCCCUCCACCCCCCCUUCCAUGUGUUUCCUGGGGAGGAGGGGCUCACCUGCACUGAGAAUAGGUAAUUUGACACAAAAUAAAAUCAAAGUCUUUUUGAACAGC